AUGUCCAUCAUAGCAAAAAUAGUUCCUGCUCUCCUCAGCAGACCUACCACAAUGUGCCAUUCAGCAGCAGCAGCAAUCGUAAUGAUUUGUGCCAUCCUUCUCUGUCAAGGCAUCAGGGCUCAGGAGUUCCCCAUUCAAACGCAACAGCACCGUCAUGAUCAGUACUGGUACCAAACUGCAUUGGAUCAAAUCCCAGUGAUCAGUGGAGGUACCUGCAAGGUGAUUGCUGUCCGCCGCUGCUGUAACCGCAACCACAUUGAAGAACGGUCCCAAACCAUCCAGUGUUCCUGCCUCCCGGGGAAAGUAGCUGGGACAACCCGCGGCAAGCCUUCUUGUGUGGACACCUCCAUCGUAACGGGGAAAUGGUGGUGUGACAUGGAGCCCUGCCUGGCUGAUGAGGAGUGUAAAGCGUUGCCUGACAAUUCAGGCUGGAUGUGCUCCCAAGGAAAUCGUGUCAAAACUACCAAGAUCCACCCCAGGCACUGAAGUCUGAAACAACGAAAGACCCCACCGCCCUAGUGGCCAAGGAAGAUACCU